AUGGCUGAUACCGAGCGUCGCGCAAAGCGAUCUCGCUUUGAUCAAACUGAAUCUGAGCCCCGAAGGUCGCGUUUUGACCGGCGAUCACGCUCUCCGUCUACCAGGCAAUCCGAAUCUACGCGCGAGCGCAGUCCUUUGAGCCGGGAGCCUCGCAGCCCUGCAAAAGAUGAUGUCAAGAAAUCGAGCACGCCUCUCGACCCUACAGCUGCAGCAGCUGCCGCCGCAGCCAAGAUCAAGGCGCAACUUGAAGCCCGCGGCGUCCAACAACCCACUUCAACACCCGUUCGUACAGCGACGGUGUCCUCCUCAAAAUCCCCGUCAGCGGGCUCACAACAAUUUCCUAAUCUCAACGGUGAGAUUUAUAUUGCGGAUGGAGAUUACAUCAAAGAUAUCGAGGUGAACGAUCUUCGGAUUCGUUACACACUGACUAAAGGAGCUACACAGCAGAUGAUCAAAGAUGAGACUGGCGCCGAUUUGCUCAUCAAGUUUAAAGAUGUCACCACCCGCGGAAGCUAUUUUCCUGAUAAGAGCAUGGCAACGCCUUCGAACCCACCGCUAUACCUACAUGUAACGAGUACAUCUAAAGAAGGAUUGGAAAAAGCUGUAGCCAAAAUUGAAGAGCUUAUGAAGCAAGAAUUGCCAGACCUCGUUGACCAAAGGAGGUUUCAGCGCAAGGAGCGAGAUCCCGUUGAAAGAGAUGAAUUUGGCCGUCGUAAAUGGCCUGAAGAGCGGAUUCCUAUUGGUCUUGACCCCCUUCCCGGUUUCAAUCUCCGUGCACAAGUCGUGGGGCAAGGUGGCCAAUAUGUCAAGCAUAUUCAACAAGAGACCGGCUGUCGUGUCCAGAUCAAGGGCCGUGGGUCUGGAUUUAAAGAGCAUGGGACAAACCAAGAAAGCGACGAGGAUAUGUAUCUUCAUGUUUUAGGCCCGGAUCCCAACGAGGUUCAAAGAGCCAAAGAACUCUGCGAGGAUCUCUUAGUCAAUGUCAAAGACCAAUAUGAGCGAUUUCGAGAACAACCACCACCCCAACGUGGUUACGGUGGGUAUGGCCAGCGUGAUCGUCAACACUAUGGUGGGUCUGGUUACAGCAACGGAGGUUACAACAACCAGUCGUCCCCUCCUGGUAUGAGUCCUUCAGGGGCAAAUCCCCCAGGGACAACGCAAGCGCAAGGCUCUGGGAGCAAUGAGUACAAUGCACAAUAUUCACAGUACUAUGCAGCCGGAUCAGACCCAUACGCCGCCUACGGAGGAUAUCAGAAUUACGUUGCCUAUUAUCAUUACUACCAGCAGCAAUUUGCUCAGCAACAAACCCAGGGCCAGAGCCAGGGGGCUUCGGCGUCCCCACCGCCGCCUCCAGCUACUUCUGAUGCCCCUCCACCACCUCCCCCUCCACCAACAUCCGGCACACCGCCCCCGCCCCCACCGGCUACUUCUGGUGGAUAUAACGCUGUUCCCCCUCCUCCGGGAUUAUAA